CACACCAUCACCCCUCUUUCCCACAGUCUCCUUCUGAACAAAAAAGAAACUUUUUACAUGCUCUUUCUUCCCUCGAUCAUUUCAAUAAAAAAUAAAAAUAAAAAUAAAAAUAAAAAAAUAAUAAAAUAAUAACACCUUUUGUCCUUUUAUGUACCUGAAAAACUAAUUUCAAGUACUCCUUCACUACCUUUCCUACUAUAUUUAGGGGUCCCUCAUCAUAUUUCUGCUUCUCCUUCUCAUUAUUCUUCUCUUCUUUUUUAGUUGUCUGAUCAUAAAAAUGUCAUCACCACCUCCAUCUGGUGUUGGUGGUGAGUCUUCGUCCUCCAGACAAAGAUCAAGGAAUGGAAAUGGGAGUGAGAGUGGUGCGAGUCGAAGCCGUCGUCGACAACGACGGCGGCCUCCAACUCCAUCUCCAACACCACCACCAUUACCGGUAGAAGAGGCGUCAACUUCAACUUAUACUUACGACAUUAAUGGUGGUGUUUGGCCGGAACCCUUUGUGGAAUCCCUUGCUCUUCAGCUUGCUGUUGACACUACUUCUUCUCAUGGCCGCCUUGCUAUUGCUCCUUCUCUUGCCAUUCUUUUCCAGGUUUGCACGACAUGGAGAGCUGUGUCACGAUCUGAGCUUUUAUGGCAGAAGCUGGUGCGCAUAGUAUGGAAUAGCACAAAUCUCCGACAUGAUACGUGGCGGGAAGAAUUCAUUAGUCUCCAUCGCACCUGUCGGAACUUUGGAGUUAGUCGUUGCUCUUACUUUGUCCUUGACCAUCCUUUAGGUGGCGUGCGAGGAGAGGGUGAUGAUCCACUCCCUCUUUUAUGCCUUCGACUUGUCCUUGCUGAUGAUCAUUUGGCUGUAGGGUUCUCAGAUGGAUCAGUACGGAUGUUUUACCUGCCCUCACGUAUCCACCUUUCCACAGUUCAUCCUCUCUUACGUGAUCGCCUUGGCUUAUUCUCCCGUGCAGUAUCAGGAAUUGUACUUGAACCUCUUAUUGACCGUGUUGUGUUUGCUUCUCUUGAUGGUGAUAUUCAUGUUGCAUCCCCUCUUAGUGGGCCCAGCCUUGCUCGCCGGGCCUACUUAGGGGAUGUUGUCAAUGAUGGAGCCUUAGUUGAUUUUAAUGGUGGUGGUCGUUUUUGGGUGGGACUCUAUGCAGGUGUCCCUGGUAGGGCAUUUAGAGUGUGGGAUGCAAACUCUGAGGACUUAGUUUUUAUGGGUGGAUCCCUAACUGAUCCAGACUCUGUAAUGGGGUGGCACAUGCUUACUGAGAUUCGACCUACAGAGUUUGUUGGUAGGAUUCGAGUUGCACCACAAGGUCUAGCACUUGGACUUACUAGCCUUAGAGCUUUGGUGUUAAACCUAGAGGAGGGAGUCUCAGUCUCAGUGGUGGGGGAGGAAACAUCUAGAAGAGGGAUCAUUGUGGGGUCCAUUGAUGCUAACAACGAAGCAUUCGUAAUGGUAGACACUCGUGGGGUGGCAAGUGUACGCCACCUUCGUACACUCCAAGAGGUGUGCCGAUUCUCAGUGUCACAACGACAAGCAUCCUUAAUGGGAUUAAUUGGUUGCAUGAAUAACAUGUAUGUACUAAUGUGCAGCGGCGGUACAAUCAGGGUAUGGGAUGCUGAUAAUGGGGAAUACUUGUACAGCUUCAGAGAGUGGCUAGAGGAGCCAACCGCAGUCGCCGCCACCGACCGAUAUGUGGUGGCUACUUCUAGUCACACAACCAUUCACCUGUGGGAUUUUGGUGGUUGAAUAAUUUUUUUGUUCUAACUCCAUUUGUCUAACUUGUCAUUCUAAUCAAUGUAAACCCUUGUGUUUUUUUUUAAAUUAUUAUUAUUAUUAUUAUUAUUAUUAUUAUUAUUAUUAUUAUUUAUUUUUAGUUUACUGUUUGGAUUGGGAGGAGAGAUAAUAUUUGGCUCUCAAAACAGUUGUAUAUCCCAAAAUGGCAAGGACCGUGAGAUUGUGAUUGUUGUGGUUCAAACUUUCUAUUGCAAAUGAUUCUUCUUUUUUAA